AUGACUAUAAGCAACUCAACAGUUUUGAUUAUUGGCCCAACUGGCUUUGUCGGUCAGCGUAUCUUUAACAAACUCCUUAUUGCCAAAGAGAAUGGCAAGCUUGGGAGGGUUGUUGCAGGUGUCAACAGACCCACGACUAUCGCAAAUGCCGAUGAAACCAUCCACCUCGAUUACAACGACGAGCAAAAUCUAAUGCAGCAACUCCAAGGAAUUGACGUUGUUGUCUCAGCAGUCAGUAUCACCCCAGAAACCUCUGCAUCGGCUGAUAAGCUUCUCGCUGCAAUGGCUUCUACCAACGUCAAGCUCUACAUUCCCUCAGAGUUUGGCGUCGACUACCACAAAACGCAAUUCAAUAAGAUUUCUGUCUUUGAAGCAAAGCAGCGUCACCGCGAGCAUGCUAGGCAGUUCGAUUUCAAGACUGUUAGCCUCUACAAUGGAAUCAUCAUGGAAUUCACGUUUGGUAAACUAUUUGACAUGAAACAGCUUGAGUGGAAGGUGCUUUCUUCAAAGGAGAGAGUCGCUGUCACCUCACUCAACGAUCUCAGCUCUGUUGUUGCCUUGUUGGCAGCCACACCAUUUGAACAUAUUGGUGCACUCAAAGACGAGAUAUACAUUUGCUCAGAUUGCAAAACUAUUCACGAUUACGCCAAGAUUUUUGAGGAGAAGACCAAGCAGCCUGUUGUACUUGUUGACCAGAAGCGAGAUGAAUACCUCGAGAAAUACGAGCAAUUCAAGUCUGGUAAGAUUCAGGGUGAUCCAACUGAUGCAUUUAAAGCCACUAUGCACCUAAUCGCCAGCGAAGGAUCAAUAGACUUUUCUGUCCAUAAUGACGACAAGAUGUUUGAUGUUCCUUGGACAUCUGUUGAGCAGUACGCCGCGUCAAUCUGUCACGAUUGA